AUGGCCGGGACGUUGCCCUUUGGAAGCUUCUGCGCGCUCCUCGAGCGCGUCGCCAGCACGACCAAGAGCGAGGCCAAGCUCAAGCUCAUCUUUAGCACGGAGCUGCGCGCGGCCUGCGGCGAUGGCUCGGUGUACCCGCUGCUGCGGCUGCUCCUGCCGCACCUCGACCGCGACCGGACGUACAAGCUCAAGGAGAAGAAGCUCGCCGCGUUGUACGUGGAGCUCCUCGGCAUCAGCGCCAGCAGCGGAGACGGCAAGAAGCUCUUGCAUUGGACGGACCCGACGAUCGUGACGACGCGGGCGGUCGGCGACUUUUCGUCCGUGCUCGAGGAAGUCAUGCAAUACCGGGCCAAGCCCUGCGAUGCGUCCGUGACCAUCGAGGACGUCAAUGGACUCCUCGACGCGCUCAAUAAGGUGCACAUGGUCGAUGCGAUGGCCGAGAAGAAGCGCGUGCUGCGGCAGAUGCUUACACGCUUCUCGGGCAACGAACAGAAAUGGCUUGUCCGCAUGAUCCUCAAAGACCUCAAGAUUGGACUGCGCCACGAACGCGUAUUGGCCUUUAUUCACCCGGACGCGCCCGAAAUGUUCAACCACACGAACGACUUGGCCCGCGUCUGCGACGAGCUCACGGACUCGCGCGUUCGGUACGUACCGGCGAUUACGCCCGGGCAGGUCUUUACGCCGAUGCUCGCCAAGCGCGUGCCUUUUGGCGAGUGCACCCAAGCAAUGCAGUCGAAUGCGUUCUACAUGGAGCCCAAGCUCGACGGCGAGCGGAUCACGUGCCAUGUACAGCGCACGGCGUCCGGCGGUCGCUCGACGCAGCUCGUUACACGCAACGGCACCAACUACACGGACAAGUACGGCCCGGCCAUCGCCUCGUACAUUGAGGCCCAAGUCCAUGCAGCGUACGACUGCAUUCUCGACGGCGAAAUGCUUGUCUGGGACAGCGUCGCGUUCAAGUACGAGUCGUUCGGGUCGCUCAAGACGGUCGCGAUCGAGCAAGCCCAAGGCAAAAACCCAGGGCAGUGGCUCUGCUACGUCGUGUGGGACAUUGUCUACUGCGGCGGCGACGGCGCCAUGGCGCUCAUCCAAAAAGCCUGCCCCAACGUCGUCGCGUCGACGUCGACCAACAUUAUGGGGUUACCGCUCUCGGCACGCCUCUCCGUCCUGGAUGCGAUCUUGACACCGCUGGCGCACCGCGUUGAACGCAUCGAGCAGGUCCUCGUGACCGCCUCGAUGCCGGCGCAGGCCCGACACGAGCGCGUCAUGGCCGAAGUCGACGCCCGCCUUCUCGCUGGCUACGAGGGUGUGAUCCUCAAGGACGCCACGUCCCACUACAUGUGCGGUGAAGCCGGUCGAAAGAGCCAGCGCUGGGUCAAGCUCAAGCCCGAUUACGCCGGCAUGACCCGCCAACUGGACGUGCUCGUCAUUGGCGGCUACUACGGGUCGGGCAGUCGGCGCGGCGGCGCCGUCUCCCAUUUUCUGCUCGGGGUGCUGGAACGGACGCCAAAGGCGUCGGACGCGUCGGUACCGGUGGUGUCGUUUUGUAAAGUGGGCUCGGGCUAUUCGUUGCCCGAGCUGGAGGCGCUUCGGGAGCGUCUCGCGCCGCACUGGCGCCCCUGGGAGGCCGGCAAGCUGCCAGAACACUUUGAGGGCUGGACACCAAAAGCCGACUCUCGCCCGGACGUGUGGCUAGCCCCUGAAGACUCGGUCUGCGUCGAGAUCUAUGGGUUUGAGCUCACGUACUCGAGCGAGUACCAGACGGGCUUGACACUCCGCUUUCCGCGCGUCAAAGCCAUUCGGUAUGACAAGAACUGGACCGACGCGCUCACACUCUCGCAGCUCAACGCUCUCAAGGGCCAGCAGUUUAGCCAAAAACGCGCGAUCGAUGUGGCCUUCGGCCACAAGGACACGACGAAGCGCAAGGCGACGCCACAAAAGUCCAAGCGCGCGGCCUUGGACAAGGGUCACGUCGGCGUCGCGCUGCAAUACACGCAGGCCAACCUCGCCGAGGUCGAAGAAGCAUCGUCGCUCUUCUCAGGGUCUACGUUUUGUGUGCUCCCCGGCAAGCUCGGCACGAUGGACAAGCCGGGUCUCGAGCAGCUUCUGCACGCUCAUGGUGCCACGUGUGUGCAAAACCCGCACCCAACGCUGCAUCCGCCCGCGACGACGUGGAUUGUGGCGCCGCAUGCCGACGGACUGAAAACACGCAACUACAUGAAGCAAGGUGUGUACGACAUUCUGCACGCCGACUGGGUCCUCCGCAGCGUCGAAGCGAGCAGUUUGGUCGCCAAGCGCGCGACCGACUAUGUGUUUGCGACGGCGCCAACGGCCGCGCUCCUCACGACCCAGUACGAUGCCUACGGCGAUCACUACACAACCCCAUUGACGCGCGACGACCUCGAACGACUCUUGCAGUCACCGGCGUUUCCACCGCCGCAGCCGCACGCGUGGCAGGACGCGGCGCGCCAUCUCAAUGCAGACGAGCAAGCAGCGAUCGAGUGCCCGACCAACUGCCUCUGGCACUGCGUCGUCUACGUGGACCAGUUUUCAUCGAUGGUGACGGACGCGUCGUUGCCAGCGCGAGUGGACCGUACAUCGGAUAUGCAUCACAUCGCGCAGUGCAUCGCUCUCUUCGGUGGCCAAGUCGACACGGUGCUAUCGAGUCGGGUCACGCAUGUCGUUCUGCCGGACGGACCGUCGACACCAGAGCGGCUCGCGCUUCUGCGCCCGUGGAUCCAAGCGAGACGGCGCACCGCGGGUAGCGAGCCGGUCGUCGUCACGUCCAAGUGGGUCGUCGCCAGCAUUCGCGCUCGCGAGCAAUUGCCAAUGGAAGGCCACGGAGCGCCCGUCUUUCAGAUUCCGUGCUAAGGCGCAUGUCGUAGU